GGGAGGGCAGAAGGCCUCACGCCGCAGCAGGGGAGGCUUAGGUGGGGCACCAGGAGCAGCUUCUUCUCCUCCGGGAGGGCUUCUCCAACCGAAGCAGCUCCAGGAUUCUAACUUAGGGUAGAGAAGAGAAGGUGAGGAGGGAAGAGCAAUCUCCAGCAGCGGUGGGAAGAGCUCCCGCGGAUCCCAGCGGCAUUCUGAGCCACCUGCUCUCAGGCAUUUGCAGAUGGAUUUCCACACCAAGGGCCCGAAGGAGGACAAUUAGGAUGGAUGAGAAUCAGUGGUGCCCAGAACGGCUCAGGCUCCUCACUGCACCCUGUCUGAUAGGAAUUCACCCUUCAGACCCCAAAGUAACCCCAGCUUGCCAGCAAAGGGGUCAAAGGAACAGCAGUGAGCCUGCUUCUCCUCGUCCCCCUGUGGAGGAAAGCAGAAGGAGCAGCGAGUGGAGCCCUGCAGAGCCCCACAGAGCAACCCACAGCGUCCUCUGCACUGCCAGCGCCAGCCAGGAGCCCAGGGGCAGCAGAUCCUCAGGUGGGUUCCUGCAGCCUGAGGAGUCACCUCAGGAACAGCACAACAGCUAUUAACAGAAUCACUCCAAGAGUGGUUCUGCAUCUCCUCGCUUCCAUCUCUCUCUACAGCAGCAGGACACCAAUGGCUUCAGCCUCGGGGGCAGUGGUGAUGUCUCCUGGAUAAAUUCCAGCCAGGCUGCAAAUGUGCAGAGAGAGGAGCUGGGGGAGAGCUGUGCAGCUCCAGGCUCAGCCUGCACCUUGCAGAGACAAGACAGAAACAAACGAGGAAAGCACAAAGAAAUUGAGCUCCUGCCAACGACUCCACAGCAAAUGAACACAUCACAGCACAAGCCAAGAAGGCAGCCUUGCCAGGGAGGAGACUGCCAAGCACUGGCAAGCUUUGACUGCCUCAGUCUGUUCCCUGGAGAAAACGAAGUGAGAGGAAGGAGCCAGCUACAGCCAGUCCAGCACACAGGGGGAGCCCAAGGAAAGGGCAUCUGAGGCGGCACUCAGGAGCGCUGCAGGCUGGGGCUGGACUCCCCCGGGGUGCUGCCUGGCCGUGCGCUGCCGCCGCGGAGCCCUCCGCAGGGAGACGGAAGCCUUGAGCCUGCUGGGAUAGGUUCUCACCUUCUCUGCCACGGCACAGCUCAGCAGUUUCUGGCUUGGCCCAUCAAUGGCACCAGCUCCUGCUAGGAGCAUCUUCCUGUCCUCCUUGUGAGCUGCUGGGAAAAGGCUUUGCACUGAAGGUCUCAGUCCCUGCACCUGGUGGCCCAGAGGAGAUGAUGCUGAGGUGCAGCCUCCUGGGUUCCAGCCUGUACCUGUUGUGCCUUGUCCUGUCCCUGGGCACCACCACACAGAGCCUGGCACCUUCACCUUGGCACCCACCCCUCAGCAGGCACAGCCUGAAGCAGCUGGAGAAGAUGCGAUGCCUGCGGAAGCGCUCGGCGGUGCCCUGCCUAGGGCUGCUCGUCCUCUGCCUGCUCUUCGUGAACCUCUACAUGGAGGAUGGGCACGUGCUGCAGGACGGGGACAAGCAGGCGCUGAGCGAGGCAGCCACGCACCCGCCGGGCGCCGAGCGCCCCCCGCACGCCGCUCGGCCUGUGUCCAACUUCUCCGCAGCCAGGAACGUCUCCUAUCACUACCUGGCUGGCACACCUCUGCUGAGGAAGAGGUACCUGACAAUUGGGCUCUCCUCUGUGAAAAGGAAAAAGGGCAACUACCUGCUGGAGACCAUCAAGUCCAUCUUCGAGCAGUCGAGCUACGAGGAGCUGAAGGAGAUCGCGGUGGUGGUGCAGCUGGCAGACUUCGACUGGGCCUGGUGCGCCGGCAUGGCGCAGGACAUCUCGCAGAGGUUCGCUCACCACAUCAUCGCCGGCAGGCUGCUGGUCAUCCACGUGCCGGAGGAGCACUACCCCGCGCUGGAGGGCCUCAAGAGGAACUACAACGACCCCGUGGAGCGGGUGAAGUUCCGCUCCAAGCAGAACGUGGACUACGCCUUCCUGCUCAACUUCUGCGCCAACCUCUCCGACUACUACGUCAUGCUGGAGGACGACGUCCGCUGCUCCAGGAACUUCCUGACUGCUGUUAAGAAAGUGAUCACCUCCCGAGAGGGCUCCUACUGGGUGACCCUGGAGUUCUCCAAGCUGGGCUACAUCGGGAAGCUUUACCACUCCCAUGACCUGCCGCGCCUGGCACACUUCCUGCUGAUGUUCUACCAGGAGAUGCCCUGCGACUGGCUGCUCAUCCACUUCCGCGGGCUGCUGGCGCAGAAGGAGGUGAUCCGCUUCAAGCCCUCUCUGUUCCAGCACAUGGGAUACUACUCCUCUUACAGGGGAGCUGAGAACAAGCUCAAGGAUGAUGACUUCGAGGAGGAGUCCUUCGAUCUCCCCGACAACCCCCCGGCCAACCUGCACACCAACAUGAACGUCUUUGAGAACUACGAGGCCAGCAAGGCGUACAGCAGCGGCGACGAGUACUUCUGGGGCAAAGCCCCUGCCACGGGGGACUUCUAUGGGGCUGUGUUUGAAAAGCCCAUAAAAAUCAGCAAAAUCAAAGUGGUGACGGGGACCGAAGACAGGCAAAAUGACAUUUUGCACCACGGGGCCCUGGAAGUAGGGGAAAAGGUGGUGGGGAGUAAGAAAGGGAGGCAAUGCAGCACGUACCUGAGACUGGGGGAGUUCAGGAACGGGAAGUUUGAAGUGACAGACGUAGAGCACAAGGUCCUGUUUGAUGUUAGCUGCGUGAGAAUAGUUGUCACCAAAAGCCAGAAGGAGUGGCUGAUCAUUAGGAGCAUUAGCAUCUGGACUUCUCAGACCCCAAACCCAUAAAGCCACCUCCGAAGGUGCCGUGGGCAUUCAGUCAGCUGUACCGCAGCUGGUGCCAUUCGCCGCCGCAGCCGGCGCUCGCAGCCCUCCUGGAGGCGCGGAGCCCCUGGGCAACGGACAGAGCGGGCGGGGGGGUCGUUUUGUACUGGCUUGGCCAGGCAGCACACUAAGCCUUCCUUGGUGAAGUUUUGAAUUUUAUACAAAUGCAAAGUUCUCAAACCUCUCCUGAGCCUUCGAGCUCCUUUUUUACUCUCUUCUCUCUGUAAGGGAGCUCUCCUGGACUGCAGAGAACAAAGCCUCAGCAGGAGGUGUGAAGCGCUGAGCGGUGUGUGGUGACAAGAGAUGGGGCCGCAGCUAGGCGGAGAUGAGUCGCAGUGCUGGCAGCGUGUGUCUGUGCAGUGGUGGGUGGUGUGGUGCUUCUCCAGCCAGCUGUGGCAGGGAAGGCUCCCCUGGCAGCGGCAGUCUCCUGCUGGACACCCUGCCGAAGCGGCUGAUCUCUGCAGCUCCUUCCCAAGGGGGAUGUCGGUAAAAGCAGACACCUGGCCUGACAGCUCUGUACAAGACAGAUCAUUGCAUCUCUCCUCCUGUCCCAGCAAAGAGCUUUUGUUCCUUCUCCUGGCUCCUCUUGCUGAAACGAGUACCACUUGAAUUCUGUGGGGCACAGGGGACCAGUGCACUCCCCUCCUCCAAACGAAAUGCCUCACAGUGAGCAAGCUUUCUGCUCCAGGACAGAGGACGCUACCAAACCCAAGCACCUCAAGGGCAAAACAGUUCUCUUGGGCCUCUUGACAGAUCUCAGCCUCAACACUUUCUGUUCCUUCACAACAUGCAGAGAAGCUUGCACAGAGCUGAGAACACAGCGAGCGUCGACAGCACUGCUUUUGUCUUCUGUGCCCAUGUGCCCAGCCCGUGUGUGAUACCAAGGCAAAGGGUGAACGGAAGCAGCAGAUAGGAUCCUAGUUCCAUGAAAGUCACUCACAGGAUCAACCAUGGAUUCAUAGACCCAUUUCGGUAGGAAAAGCCCUCUAAGGUCAUCCAGUCCAACCAUCAACCCAGCACCACCAUGGCCACCAAACCAUGUCCCCAGGUGCCAUGACCACACAUUUCUUGAGCAUCUCUGGGGCUGGGGACUCCACCACCUCCCUCCUAGAGAAUCCAGAGAAGCAUCCUCCUCUCAAAGCAAGCCUCUGCUUCUGUGUCCCUUAAACCACAGCUAAAUCUCUGCUCUUCUCACACACAUCUGCAGUCCAACAGGCCAGCAGCAGCCUGGGUGCAGGUUGAGGAGGACAAUCACAGCACUGUCAAAUGCAGACCCCUGCGACUCUCCAGUGGCUGUAAAGGUCACAAGGGGCUUGGGGGGCACUGCCCUGGGAAGGUUACCAGGUAAUUUGCUACGGUUAGUCAGCAGCCAAAGCCCUUUCUUGUGGAGAGUUGUUGCUCCUCUCCCCGUCUUUCGUUGAUCACGAGCAGUGGUACCAAAGCAAACACAACUAGGGCUAGCCCAGCACGUUCCCAGCUUCCCUUCAGCAGUGCAGGAUGUGCAAAGAAAGCUGCUCUGGGAGAGUGGAAGCUGUGGCUCAGCUGCGAGGCUCAGAACAGAGCAGAGAACUGCAGAGACAGUCUGAAAGGCCCCUGCCAGGGAAAUGCUCUCAGCACCAGCCUGCAGUGCUUGCAUUUGUGCUUCGUCAGUUAGGACCUGAACAGAGUUGCUUUGCUUUCUGCAACAGCAGCAGGGUUGAGUCUCACCUGCAGUACCUGGGCUUAGCCCUGAGAACUCAUUAGGCUGUCACCACCACAGAUGCUAAGUGAAGGCCCUCUAGGGAAAGAGAUGGAGAGAGGAAUGUGCUGGGAAUGGGAGGCAUAGGAUCAUAGGACCAUAGAAUGGUAGGGGCUGGAAGGGCCCUCCAGAGAUCAUCCACCCCCCUGCCAGAGCAGCAGCGCCCAGGGCAGGGCACACAGGAGCACAACCAGGUGGGUCUGGAAAGUCUGCAGAUAAGGAGACUCCACAGCCUCUCUGGGCAGCCUGCUCCAGGCUCCAGCACCCUCACACCAAACAACUUUCUCCUCAGGCUGAGGUGCAGCCUGUACCUGUUGUGCCUUGUCCUAUCCCUGGGCACCACCACACAGAGCCUGGCACCUUCACCCUGGCACCCACCCCUCAGGUAUUUGUAGACACUGCUCAGGUCCCCUCUCAGCCUUCUCCUCUGCAGGCUAACCAGCUCCAGGGCUCUCAGCCUUUCUUCCCAGCAGAGCUGUUCCAGUCCCAUCAGCAUCCCUGCAUCUCCUCUCCCUACCCCUGUGGAAUUAGUUUGGGAAGCAUCACAACACUUUUGUUCCAAGAACACAGUUCCAUAAACCCCUGCUUGGAGCACUCUCCUUGGUGCAUGGAUCACAGCUCAGCUUCCAGAAAAUCCAUCUGAUCCAACUCAGUCACAUGGAAAAGAUUGCAGACUUCUAGGGAGGGAAGACCAAACAGUCCAAGCCUCAGAGUCACUGCUGGCUGGGACCAAGCCAGGUUCCAGAUCAGCAUCAGUGCUUCAGAUCUAAACUUGCCUCUCUUUCUUCAUCAGCCAAGCCAAGUCCCUCUGUGUAAGCACAGCUGUGUGCUCACCAACACUGCUCACACAUGGGGAGAUUUGGGGUGUCCACUGAUGAAGCUGGAGAUUAGCAGAGUGACACAACCCCAGGCAUUGGUGUCCCUUUGCUUCUCUUGGGGUGUAUUUGCUGAGCUCAUUUAAGGGCUGAACAUCAUUAUUUUCCUACUAAAACACUGCCAGCAGCUCAGGGGAUUUUACCCCUCUGGGGAGACCUCACCUGCAGUACUGCAUCCAGUUCUGGGGGCCCCAACCCAAGACAGACAUGGACCUGCUGGAGACGGUCCUGAGGAGGCCACAAAGGUGAUCAGAGGCUGCAGAACCUCCCCUGUGGGGACAGCCUGGAGAAGAGAAGGCUCCAGGGAGACCUUAGAGCAGCCUUCCAGUACCUGGAGGGGCUCCAGGAGAGCUGGGGAGGGGCAUUGGACAAGGGCUGGGAGUGCCAGGAUGAGGGACAAUGGCUGUGUGCUGGGAGAGGGGAGAGUGGAGAGGAGGAAGAAAUUGUUGAGAGUGAGGGUGGGGAGAGGCUGGCACAAGUUGCCCAGGGAGGUGUUGAAAGCCAGGCUGGAUGAGGCCUUGAGCAACCUGUGUCCCUGCCCAGGGCAAGGGGACUGGAUGAUCUCUGGGGUCCCUCCCAAGCCAAAACAUUCCAUGAAUCUCUGAACCUAGAGCACAUAUUAAGAUGAGAAGGCAGGAAGGAGGUCGUGCUCCAGGUUCCUGAGCUUCAAAGGUUUAGACCCUUGGGAAAGCUGCUUUAGCUCUUGAUUCUGUGGGAGAGAAGGGACUUUGAGUCUCUCACUACAGAUCCUGUCCUCCUUCAGAGGCUUUUGAGGCUGUGUUCACCACCUCGCUCGAUUCAGCUGCAGCACCGAAAUGAAGGAAAUCCAAUGCAGAAGGAAGCAAACUGGGCAGAGCUUCUGUUCCACAGCCCUGCUGCUGCCAGCUGCUUCUUUGCAUCAGGCUAACUGCCGUAAGCAGCUGCCCUCGGGCUGCCCUGACGCAAACCAGGACCUGAGCUGCUCCUUGCCAAAGCAGCAGGAACUUCACCGCCCGCGGGAGGCAGAGCGUCUGACCAAAGCAUGCUCACCACAGGUCCCCAGCUGGCAAGUCCUGGGCCCUUCUCAAGCUGGGAAGCAAGAGUGGGAAAGGUUUGAAGUCAUUCUCCUGUUCCAGCUGCCUCUGCAAAUAAAAUGAGAGGGAAAAGAGAAAAGCAAAGCAGAAGCAAACUGUGCUGCUCGGGAAGAAGGGAGAACGCUCCUGGCGUGUGACUGCAUCUGACCUCAAGCCUCUUUUGGGCACAGUUAUAAUUAAAAGCUUUUUUCUCUUCUUCUUUUCAA